AUGGUUAGGCGGCCUAGAAGCAGCCUGGAAAGCGACUUUUGUGCAGUUGGUGGUCAAGAGAAGGUUCGACCAGCGGGGCACCAGGAGUGGACUAGCACCCACAUAAGAGAGGAAGAGAGGUUACAGCAUGUUCCAGACUACUCAAGACUGCACUUAGUGGUAUCCCGAAGUCUCGGGUCAGCAGGAUAUGAUCCUAAUGAAAAAACAUUUGAUAAAAUUCUUGUUGCUAAUAGAGGAGAGAUUGCAUGUAGGGUUAUUAAAACUUGCAAGAAAAUGGGCAUUAAGACGGUUGCCAUCCACAGCGAUGUUGAUGCAAGUUCUGUUCACGUGAAAAUGGCGGACGAGGCUGUCUGUGUUGGCCCAGCUCCCACCAGUAAAAGCUACCUCAACAUGGAUGCCAUCAUGGAAGCCAUUAAGCAAACCAGAGCCCAAGCUGUACAUCCAGGUUACGGAUUCCUUUCCGAAAACAAGGAAUUUGCCAAAUGUUUGGCAGCGGAGAAUGUCGUUUUCAUUGGUCCCGAGACACAUGCUAUUCAGGCCAUGGGCGACAAGAUCGAAAGCAAAUUAUUAGCUAAGAAGGCCAAGGUCAACACGAUCCCUGGCUUUGAUGGCGUAGUCAAGGAUGCAGAUGAAGCUGUCAGAAUUGCAAGGGAAAUUGGCUACCCUGUCAUGAUCAAGGCCUCAGCAGGUGGCGGCGGGAAAGGCAUGCGGAUCGCUUGGGAUGAUGAAGAGACCAGGGAUGGUUUUAGGUUUUCUUCGCAAGAAGCAGCUUCUAGUUUUGGUGACGAUAGAUUACUAAUAGAAAAAUUUAUUGACAACCCUCGUCAUAUAGAGAUUCAGGUCCUAGGUGACAAACAUGGCAAUGCUCUGUGGCUCAACGAAAGAGAGUGUUCCAUUCAGCGCCGAAAUCAGAAAGUGGUGGAGGAGGCGCCCAGCAUUUUUCUAGAUUCGGAGACUCGGCGGGCCAUGGGCGAGCAGGCCGUGGCGCUGGCCAAAGCCGUGCAGUAUUCUUCUGCGGGAACCGUGGAAUUCCUCGUGGACUCAAAGAAGAACUUCUAUUUCCUGGAGAUGAAUACAAGACUGCAGGUUGAGCAUCCUGUCACCGAAUGCAUUACUGGUCUGGACCUAGUCCAAGAAAUGAUCCGUGUUGCCAAGGGUUACCCUCUCAGGCACAAACAAGCUGAUAUUCCCAUCAACGGCUGGGCAGUUGAAUGUCGGGUCUAUGCUGAGGACCCCUACAAGUCUUUCGGGUUGCCGUCCAUCGGGAGAUUGUCUCAGUACCAAGAGCCAGUGCAUCUUCCUGGUGUCCGGGUUGACAGCGGCAUCCAACCAGGAAGCGAUAUUAGCAUUUAUUAUGAUCCAAUGAUUUCAAAACUGAUCACCUAUGGCACCGACAGAACUGAAGCACUGAAGAGAAUGGAAGCCGCCCUGGAUAGCUACGUUAUUCGAGGUGUUACACAUAAUAUUUCUUUACUUCGAGAGGUAAUAAUCAACUCACGCUUUGUGAAAGGAGACAUCAACACUAAAUUCCUCGCUGAUGUGUAUCCUGAAGGCUUUAAAGGACACAAGUUAACCAAGAAUGAGAAAAACCAGUUAUUGGCAAUAGCAUCAUCAUUGUUUGUGGCAUCCCAAUUAAGAGCACAGCAUUUUCAAGAUCAGGAUAAUGCAAGAGUGCCUAUUAUAAAACCACAAGUGGCUAGCUGGGAGCUCUCCAUACAACUGCACGAUGAAGUCCACACUGCCAUAGCAUCAAACAGCGGGUCGACCUUCUCCGUGGAAGUUGAUGGGUCGAAACUCAAUGUGACCAGCACGUGGAACCUGGCUUCACCCUUACUGUCUGUCAGCGUGGACGGCAUGCAGAGGACAGUUCAGUGUCUUUCCCGAGAAGCAGGUGGAAGCAUGAACAUUCAGUUUCUUGGUACAGUGUACAAAGUGCGCAUCUUAACCAAACUGGCCGCGGAACUGAACAAAUUCAUGCUGGAGAAGGUGGCCGAGGACACGACCAGCAUUCUGCGCUCGCCGAUGCCCGGCGUGGUGGUGACCGUGUCUGUGAAGCCCGGGGACAUGGUAGCAGAAGGUCAGGAAAUUUGUGUGAUUGAAGCUAUGAAAAUGCAGAACAGUAUGACCGCUGGGAAAACGGGCAAGGUGAAGUCGGUGCAGUGUAAAGCUGGAGACACAGUGGGAGAAGGAGACCUGCUCGUGGAACUGGAAUGAAGCAUUCACAGCCUCCGGUGCUCAGCGGCGAAAGGAGCCGUUGGCAUGAGGGCCCCUCACUCGGCUCGGGCGGGCUCGGGUGCGGGGCGGCCCCGUGCAGCAGAUUUUACACGGCCGUGUUUACUGCACAUCGAGUCAAAACCAACAUUCUGCCAAAAAAUCACCAAUGGAAACUUUAAUUGAUAUAAAUACUUGUACAUAUGAUUUGUACUUCUGCUGUGAGAUUUCCUAGCGUCAACGUUAAAUCAAUAAACCGAGCAUUUGUCUAAA